AUGAUGCAUGUUCUGGUCAUUCUUUUGGUUGGUUGGUAUUCGGUGCAUUUUGUGACUUGUCGGCCAAUCAGUAACUUGUUUGAAUCUCAAGAUAAAAUAUGUUCAAUGAAUUAUGAUGAGCGUGAAGGUGUAUAUGAAACUUUUUUCCAACAGGUAAGUGAUAUGGCAGGGAAGAAGAAAACAAUGGCACAGAGCGUUAAUGCUCUCUACAAUGGAAUAGAUCCUGGUUUCAAUUCAAAUUAUUUCACUGGUUUCAAAUUCCAACGAAUUUAUAAUCUCGAAGUGAAAGAAUUAUCUCUGCAAAACGUGUUUAGAAUUACCUAUUGUUAUAAUGGUAAAGUGCAGUUUAGUAAGGAUGAGCCAUUGUCGGUGGAUAUGGAUUGGGGCAAGCCAUAUUGCUUCCAUAUAAAGCCAAAGGAAAAUAAACAGUCUUCCCAAAAAUCAUUGAUCUCAUCAAUGAUGUCGAGUUAUAACAGCAAACUGAAACAAUUGGUGUUCCCGACUGUGGAUUCAAAAAAUUCUUCUACUCCGCUAGAAAAUGAGCAAGCAGAGUUCUUGAAUAAUUAUCAUUGUUUCAAACUAGCAAGAAGGAAAAAAUACAGUAUUAGAAAGUAUUCUCUGUUCAUGCCAGGUAAUUGGAUAGGUGGACUCUACUACUGUGAUUUGUCGUCGUAUGAAAAAUGGAAAGUGUAUUCCGCUAAAAAUGGAACGUAUUUGAAUCAUAUAGACUCGUUAUGCAGUAUGAAUAACACUGUGCCACUGUUACCAUUGUUUGCAGAUGAUUUUAGCAAGAGCUGGUACGAGGUACAACCAAGAUUAGUAUCUAAGAAAAGAAAAUCGUCCAUGCAAAUUACAAAAUUUGUACCAUAUAUCAACACACCGAACUUCCCUUAUCCUUUAGUUGAUAUAUUCCAAAGUACUGACCAACAAAAUAAAUUGUUUAGAGACGAUAGUUUACGGUUACAAAAUAAUGUUAUGCAACCAAAAGAUGAUAACGUGUAUCUCAGAUUAAUGGGUUAUUUAGAUAAGACAUCAGAAAUUUUGAACAGACAAAAAAAUGGAACAGUAAAUAAUGCAAAACUUAAACCAAAUAUAGAUAAGUCUAGAUGGUACAACGAAAUUGAAGUACAAGAAAAAUACGUAAAUAGUACUGUCGUGGAAGUUUCUAAAAUUGAUUCUUUCGUUGAUUUAACUUUUUGGUUACUGAACUCAACGAAAAGGACAACUGAGAAACAAUUUAAUAACUUCUUAAAUAAAAAAUUAAGUAAAGUAUCCGACACUACAGUAAACGACAAAGCUCCCUUCAUGUUGUCAUUUAACGAUUCAUUAUUAAAAUAA